AUGUUGGAUUACAUUACUAACGCUUUGGUCACUUGGCCUGCCCCAGGAUUUUUCGAAUCUAAGCUACUACCGUUCUUGCAUGAAAAGAACAUUAUCAGAUCAGAAUCUAUUGCUGAAAACUUACAUUCUGUAGUUUACGUUGCAUUUUUCUAUCAUGCUUGGUUUCUAUUUGGUAAAUAUGUAAUGUUUCCUCCAUUUGCUGGCCAUGUUACUGAUAAGAGGAAAAGAAGAAAUUUGAUUAAUCAAAGUGCAGUUCAUUUGGUUUCAUUCGUCCAAGCAAUUGUAAUUUUAUAUUUAUCUAUAAGAUUAAUGUUAGAUGAAGAAAAUUAUAUCUCUGUUUAUCAAGAUUCUGUUUCUCGUGUAUUUACAGAAACUAGAGGUACCCAGAUUAUUUGUAUUUAUGCCAUAGGUUACUUCACUUGGGAUAUCUAUAUAUCUACUUUUUACUCAACUUUACCAUUCGUAUUGCAUGGUGUCAUAUCUACUGUCGUUUACACAAUUGGUUUAAAACCUUACAUCCAAUACUAUGCUCCUGUUUUCUUGAUUUUUGAGUUAUCAAAUCCAGGUUUAAACAUCAGAUGGUUCUUAAUGAAAUACGCCCCAAGUUAUAAGAAAUUUUUAACUAUUAACAAUUUCUUCUUAAUGAUCACUUUUUUCUUAUGUAGAAUUGUUUGGGGUUGGUAUCAAAUUAUCAAGCUAUGUUGGGAUUACUACCAGAUUUAUGAUAUGGAAGGGUUUAAACCAUUCGACACAUUUAUUAUUGUCUUUGGUAAUUUUAUUUUGGACAUAUUAAACUUAGUCUGGUUUUCCAAGAUGGUCAGUGUCGCUAUAGCUGUCUUAAGAAAACCUAAAAAGGAAUGA